AUGAAGAUUGCAAGUGCCAAAGUACUUUUUGGAUGUUUUAAUACAUUGUUUUUUGGCUGUGGUUUCGUUGAAGUGGUAUGCGGAUUUCUUUUGCUAUCCGAUUCACGAAGAAUUUUGCUCUCGCGGCUGUUAGCUAUGCCUGAAGAUGGACUAGAAGAGCCCCCUUUUUAUUACGUUGCUCUUGGACUUUUAGCAGCUGGACUCAUCAUUUGUAGUUUAGCCGCCUUAGGCGUGUGGGCUACAUAUAUGCCAGGAUAUUUUAUAUUAACUUUGUAUUUCUUAGUAGUAUUGAGUUUAUUGCUUUGCGAGUGCGCAGCCGGAGUACUGGCAGCAAUAUGGCCGAGAUGUUACGGAAUCCAAAGUUUUCGGGGAGGGGCCGUGGGAGCUCUUCAAAGUUAUUAUGCUGUGCCAGAUUUUGAGCACUUCACGGCAGCCCUGGAUCUCGCACAAACUGAGUUAGAGUGUUGCGGUAUGACGAGCGCGCGAAAUUACGACAUGUCACUAUGGCAGCUGCGGCGGCUCGGCCCGCGCGGCAUGUCGGUGCCGCCCAGUUGCUGCGUGCAGACCGAGCACGCGUCCUACCUCAACCCUGCGCCGGUGAACCAGUCCCGAUGCCAGGAGAUACAGCCUAAUGCUGAAUUUAGACAUGUCUCAGGUUGUCAAACUAAGCUAGAAGAUUGGUAUCAACGGCAAUAUUUUGUAUUCAUGCUCGCAUUGUUCGUCGUCGCAGUAUUCAAACUAGCUAUUUUAUUAAGCACAGUAUUUUCUUGUAUUCGACUUAGAAAAAGUAGGCAAGAGAAGAAUUUUUUUAUGAUAAAAACUAUGGAAAAUAAGUCACGUGAAAAUAUGUAUGAACGUAACUUGAGCUUGCACGAUGAACCAAUAACUGCCAAAUACACUCAACCUAACAACUUUUACAGCCCUAGAGUACGUAAUCCUAGAAUUUUUAAUAAACCAAACGAGAUGGUA